GUCCACCGUAGAGGUUGUUGUUUCGGUCACCGUUGUAAACGGGAUGCGACGACGUCCUACUGUUGCUGGACUAAGUUUUUUUUCUUUUACAGUUAAAGCAGCUCCAGAAGUUGGAUUGAGGACACUCACGCACGUCUUUAUUCUGUUUUUACGCACAAGGGAUAUUACAAGGAUCUUUUCACGAGAGAGCAGUUUUGAAGCUUGGCUACCAUUUCGAUGUCUUCUCUAAGAAACCCAUUCGCCACCGGUGCCUUUUCAAAGUAGUAGCCUACUUCGGGGAAUUUUCCGUGCUAAGUCCAAGAAUGCAGCAUCACCCUUAGGACACAUGUAACUAAGCGUCCAGUCCCAGCACUGUAUGGACUGACCACUGGAUUUAACGGAUUUGGAGUCGACAGAAAAGAGGCGUAAAUGGAUCGUCAUUCCGGUUACAUUUCAAUCUGGUUUCAGUUGGAACUAUGUGCUAUGGCUGUUCUCCUCACCAAAGGAGAAAUCAGGUGCUACUGCGAUGCCCCACACUGUGUGGCCACGGGUUACAUGUGCAAGUCCGACCUGGGUGCCUGCUUCACGCGGGUCCUGGAUCCACUCAGCGCCAACUCUCCCCUCACGCACGGCUGCGUGGACUCCUUCUCCAACCCCGUGGAAGUGUGUGUGGCCAAGAGCUCGGACGUGCUGUCCGGAGGCGCUCCCAUGCUGGAGUGUUGCCACGAGGACAUGUGCAAUUACAGAGGGCCAGGACACCCUCGCGGUGACACUACAGACCACGGGCGACCGCAGGCGGACAGUGGCCACCGCGGGCGCGACCUGGUGACGCGGGUGACGGAGCUGUCGUCGGGCAAGGAGGUGUGGUUCCGCGCGGCGGUGAUCGCGGUGCCCAUCGCGGGCGGCCUGAUCCUGGUGCUGCUCAUCAUGCUGGCCCUGCGGAUGCUGCGCAGCGAGAACCGGCGGCUGCAGGCCCAGCGUCAGCAGAUGCUCUCCCGUCUGCACUACAGUUUCCAUGGGCACCAGAGCCACAAGAAGGGCCCUGGCGCCGCCCUGGCCAAGCUGGACCUGGAGUGCAUGGUGCCCCUGGGGCCCGGCGCCGAGAGCUGCUGCCUGGCCUGCGAUAAGCUGCGGCAGGCCGAGCUGGCCGGGGUUACCCCUGGUGGUGGAGGAGGAGGCUGCGGAGGUGGAGGUGGCGGAGGAGGAGGGGGAGUUGGGGGAGAGCGCAUCCUGUCUCUGGUGCACUGGGGCGUCUACAGCGGACACGGGAAGCUGGAGUUUGUAUGACGGAUGGUCGUGGACACGCACAAGCUCAUGCUCUCUCUCUCUUUCUCUCUUGCUCUCCCUCCCUCCCUCUCUCUCUCUCUCUGGACUGGCAACAGAGAAAAGGGAAAAAAGAGACAUUUUGCCUUUUCUCUUUGUGUUUCCUUCCACCAGAAGCGACAGAAGACAGAUGGACUUCGACACAGACUUUUAAAAAAAAGACUCCAGGAUUUUGCUGUUUCAGAAUGAAAGAAAGAGGUUAUUUUUGAAACCCUUUCCGUCUGUUCUAUUGUCUUGACUUUUUCCUUCCUCUUAAAAUGGAGACGGACAGAGGAGGAGGAGAGAGAGAGCGGAGGAAUGGAGGAGGAGGAGGAGAGAACCAGAACAGAAAAAUAUGGAUUCAUGCCUUGUGGUUUAUAUCUAAGGAGCACUUUACUUGAAUCUUGAGUGGUUUGCGACUGAGGGACCAUGUGUGUGUGUGUGUGUGUGUGUGUGCGUGCGUGCGUGCGUGCGUGCGUGUGUGUGUGAGUGUGCAGAGGCAUACGUGGCACGAGUACACACACUCACACACACACACACGCUGUAUGUGUGUAUGAUGGCACUUGGUCCCUUUUCGUCCGGCCACUCAGCCCUGAGGAUCCUGGAGACCUUCAGAUCCGUCUUAUUUUGCACAUUUGUAUAAGAGAACGAUAUCCGAAUGAGUGUGAAUGUGAAUGAGCGAGUGAAUGGCUAAGUAAAUGGACGAAUGAGAAAGAAAACUAGGGUGUUUUGCUUUAAAAGAAGCCAAUUAGAAGAAUUUCACACUGACACCAGGGUACAGACUUGUUUGUUUGUGUUUGUUUUUGUUUUUGUUUUUCAAGGAGUUGAAAUAUUCUAUAAAAUAAAGAAUCCAGUGUUGUA